AUGAGAAGAAAUGAGGCAGUGAUUCAAGGAAGAAAUAUUACAGGGAUCACCCACUUCAUCCUCUUGGGAUUCUCAGAUUUUCCCAGGAUCUUAGCAGUGUUCUUUGUUACAUCCCUGCUCAUCUAUGUUAUGACUGUGACCUGGAACCUGUGCCUCAUCGUCUUAAUAAGGAUGGAUUCCCACCUCCACACACCCAUGUACUUCUUCCUCAGCAACCUGUCCUUCACAGAUAUCUGCUAUGUUACUUCCAUAGUCCCAAAGAUGCUAUCCAACUGCUUCCAGAAGCAGCAAACAAUCUCUUUUGUUGGCUGUAUUGUUCAGCAGUUUGUCUUUUCAACCAUGGGUCUGAGUGAUUCUUGUCUCCUGACAGCCAUGGCUUAUGACCGAUAUGCUGCCAUUUGUAACCCACUGCUCUAUUCAUCCAUCAUGUCUCCCAGCCUCUGUGGUUGGAUGGCACUGGGAGCCUAUAUGGUUGGGCUCUCUGCUUCUUUUUCCCAAUUAGGUGCCUUGCUUCAGCUGCACUUCUGUGGGCCUAAUGUCAUCAACCACUUCUUCUGUGACAUUCCUCAAUUGUUAAUCUUGUCCUGUACUGAUACUUUCUUUGUAAAAGCCAUGCUUGCUAUAUUAACAAUGAUAUUUGGAAUAGCAAACAUUCUAAUUAUCAUGAUAUACUAUGGUUAUAUUAUCAUAUCUGUCAUGAAGAUCACUUCAGCUAAAGGCAGGUCCAAGGCUUUCAACACCUGUGCUUCUCACCUGACUGCUGUUUCACUCUUCUAUAUGUCAGGCAUCUUUGUAUAUCUGAGUUACAGCUCUAGUGGUUCCUCCAGUGUUGACAGAUUUGCAUCAGUUUUGUACACUGUGGUGAUUCCCUUAUUGAAUCCCUUGAUCUACAGUCUGAGGAACAGGGAAAUCAAAGAUGCUUUGAAGAAGUUGCAGAAGAAGGGAGGGCACUGCUAA